CUUUGGUUGAGUAGAGAGACUGCUAGAAUACAUUCACAUUAAUUAUUCAGCAUUCUCCUUUUUUAAUCUCAAGGCUUCAUUCAAAGUCUCCUCCUUGCGUCAGUUUUGUAACAAAAGCCAUCUUUAUUGUCCCUUUAUUUUCCAUGAUGAGAAAAGAGAUAAAAAAAGGAUGAGAGCAUUGAUGGAAAGUUGAAAGAUAGAAAAGUAAAAGCAUACCUUUCUUGAAUCUUGACCCUUCAUUCAUAAAACAUCAAAACUCUCUCCUCCACCCCCUCCCCCCUCUCACAGUCACACACACACACACAAAAAGGUGAAAUCUUUACUUAUAUUUCUCCAUCUCUCUCUCUCUAUCUCUCUCUGUUGCUGUUGUUCAUUAUUAAAUAGGAGUGAGUCAUAGAGAUUGAAUGAGAGCAGUGAUAAUUCACUGAACUCUAGCAACAUGUGUGUGAUUUCAGAAGAAACGAUCACCCAGUUUGAAACAGCUUUAAUGGAGCAAGUAGUUGAUGAAGCACUCAAAACUACUUUUCAGAAUAUUCAUCAAGGCUGUCCAAGGGACACAUAUGUGCGCUUCCUAAUGGCAAGAGAGGGCAAUGUUGAAAAGGCCCAUAAAAUGUUGGUUGAUUCUUUGACGUGGAGGGUCCAAAGUGAGAUAGAUGAUAUGUUAGCGAAGCCUAUCGUUCCUACUGAGCUUUACAGAGCAAUUCGUGACUCUCAGCUAAUAGGGAUGUCAGGUUACACGAGAGAGGGCCUUCCGGUAUUCGCUUUUGGUGCAGGUCUCAGCACAUAUGACAAAGCAUCUGUCCAUUAUUACGUCCAAUCGCACAUUCAGAUUAAUGAAUAUCGAGAUCGCGUGGUUCUGCCUGCUGCAAGUAAGAAGUAUGGGAAACACAUAGGCAAAUGUCUGAAGGUUUUAGACAUGACCGGCUUAAAACUUUCAGCUCUAAACCAAAUAAAGCUGUUGACUAUAAUUUCCUCCAUUGAUGACCUAAAUUACCCGGAGAAGGUAGUUACAUACUACAUUGUGAAUGCUCCAUAUAUCUUUUCAGCUUGUUGGAAGGUCGUCAAGCCUCUGCUGCAGGAGAGGACAAGAAAAAAGGUUCAGGUUUUAUCAGGUUGUGGACAGGAUGAUUUAUUGAAGAUCAUGGACUAUUCCUCGCUCCCCCAUUUUUGCCGGAGAGAAGGUUCUGGAUCUUCCAAAUACUCAGGCAGCUCGAAUCAGAAUUGUUAUUCCUUGGAUCAUCCAUUUCACCAGCAACUUUACAAUUACAUAAAGCAGCAGGCUUUGCUUCGUAAACCUGUUAGGCCUAUUAAACAGGGCUCUGUCCAUGUGAAUUUUCCUGAUGAGGUCACCGAGGGGACUGAGUUUGUUCAGACAUUAGCAUCAGAAUUUCAAAAAUUUGAAAAUCAGAAUGGGCUCGUUCAGUCGUUAGAUGACCUUAAUAUUGAUGAUCAUCGAGUAUAGAAAGUUCUGGUCCGAUAACAUCCUAAAAUAAGAGUUUGGGCCAUUAUGCAUUUUACCGGCUAACAGUUCUGGAUCCUCAUGCAAGUAUACUUAUUAAUAGCUCAUGCAGUCAACAGAGGGCUUUCUUCUAAUUAGUAGCCUCAAAUUUUUAUGUAUUCUAAUUGCACAAGGUGCGUCUUCAACAUAAAACCACUAAGUAUAGGGAUACGUGGUUGACAUUUAUAAUCGUUAUAUUAGAUGUAUAUAGAGGUAUAUGUUGGUCGAGCUCUUGUAGGAGAUACUAUUCGUUAUCGCAUGUAUUAAUAAAUGUUUAUCCAUCUCUGAUGUUGGUCCUUCUAUAUACUAUGUAUUGGUAUUAUAGCAAUAAUGUUCAAUUAAUCCUCAAAGCUGGUUGAUGAUC